GUGCGAAUAAUAUAAAAUCAGUUUAAAUGAAUAUCUGGGAUGGGUCACACCUGUGAAAAAAACUGAAGAAUACGGGCUCACCCAAACGCAUCACCCCCUUUGCUCGGCCUGAAAGCAAUUCACUCUGAUGACGUCACUCGCAGAGUUGUCAUGGCGUCUUUGGGACUGAAUCUGCUGCUGCAAUUGAGCUAAAAUCUGUCGACAGUCUGUUAAUCGAAAUGGAAAAAAAUGCAAGCCUACAUCGAGACACUGACGGGAGCACGCUGUGUGCCACGAUUGCAGGAGAUAUGGGCGAUGUUACUACUGUCGGUGGAGUGAAAGGAACAGCCGAGAAAUGCAAGCAUAGUGAGGCUGCUCUCAGUAGUUUGGUCAACGAUAGUUGUAAUAACAGCAUCACAAAUGUGAGUGCUCCCAGCGCAGUGAAUGUCAUCUCUAGUGCUGGGAAGUCAGACAUGCUAGAAGUGAUCCAAGUCCUCCCAGUGCAGGAGGAUACGAAGAAGAGGAGCGAAUCUGGGUCCGGGGAUCAGAUCAGUAACGGGAUGGGGCAUGACUCGGUGCUGGCUGCAAGAGAUAGCGAGGGUGGUGCCUCAAAGUUAGUAAACAACACACCCGGCAGCCCGUCCUCACCUCCCGCUAAUGAGGGCGCAGAUGUGCAUGCUGAGGUGUUGACUUGUGCAGAAAGUGAACCUACAAAACUUGCCAAACCGACUCAUCUUUGCACGGACAACGCAAUCACGGCGCAGGUCAGAUCGGGGCUGCCCGGUGAUCACACCUUAUCGGAGGGAUUGCCGAGUGGGAGUGACCCCGAUCCCAGCCUCGGUGGAGAGUCCCGAAGCAUAGAUUCCCUGGAGUCUUUCUCUAACCUCAACUCUUGCCCCAGCUCCGAUCUGAACAGCGAGGGGCUGGAGGACAGAGGACUGGCCCUGGCCCUGCAGGGCGAGUACGGGGCCGAUGGGACAAAGACAGCCUCUGCUAAGGACCGGGCCGCCGGACAGUCUAUAUACCACAUCAAGUGGAUCAAGUGGAGAGAGGAGAACACGCCGAUCAUCACCCAGAACGAGAACGGCCCCUGUCCAUUACUGGCAAUUAUGAAUGUCCUUCUGCUUGCAUGGAAGGUUAAGAUGCCACCUAUGAUGGAGAUUAUUACUGUUGAGCAGCUGAUGGAAUAUCUUGGAGACUACAUUCUGGAAACCAAGCCUAAAGAGAUAUCAGAGGCUCAGCGGCUAAACUAUGAGCAGAACAUGAGUGAUGCCAUGGCGGUGUUGCACAAGCUGCAGACAGGUCUGGACGUGAAUGUGAAGUUCACAGGGGUGCGGGUCUUUGAAUACACCCCAGAAUGCAUCGUGUUUGAUCUGCUCGACAUCCCUCUGUACCACGGCUGGCUAGUUGACCCCCAGAUGCAUGACAUUGUCAAGGCAGUGGGAAACUGCAGCUACAACCAGCUGGUAGAGAAGAUAAUAUCCUGCAAACAGUCAGACAACAGUGAGCUGGCAGGGGAAGGCAUCGUGGCAGAGCAGUUUCUGAGCAGCACAGCCACUCAGCUUACGUACCACGGUUUAUGUGAGCUCACAUCCACCGUACAGGAGGGAGAGCUCUGUGUCUUCUUCAGGAAUAACCACUUCAGCACCAUGAUCAAAUACAAGGGUCAGUUGUACCUGCUAGUCACAGACCAAGGAUUCCUGACAGAGGAGAAGGUCGUCUGGGAGAGCCUGCAUAACGUCGACGGAGACGGAAACUUUUGUGACUCUGAGUUCCGGUUGCGGCCUCCGUCCGAUCCAGAGACUGUGUACCGCGGCCAGCAGGAUCAGAUAGACCAGGACUAUCUGAUGGCGCUGUCGCUGCAGCAGGAGCAGCAGAGCCAGGAUGUACAGUGGGAGCAGCUGCCUGAGGGCAUCAGUGACCUAGAGCUGGCAAAAAAGCUCCAGGAGGAGGAAGACCGGCGUGCCUCCCAGUACUACCAGGAGCAAGAGCAGGAGCAGGCAGCGGCGGCGGCAGCAGCAGAGGCACAGCAGGGCCAGCCAGAGGCGGCCGAGGGAGAGGAGACGGACGGAGGAGGUGCAGGAGGAGCAGGAGGAGCAGCAGCCGGCACUGGGACGGCAGCGGCAGCAGGAGCCACACCCAGCCCGGGAAAACAGUCCUCUAACGUGGAGCGCAAAGCCAAGAAAGAAUCGAAGGAUAAAGACAAAUGUGUUAUUUUGUAACAUACAGUGUGUCUGUGUGAGUGUUUUGUGCAUUUGCUUUUCUGUGAGAAAGGGGACUGCAUUUGUGUCUCCAUGUACUGGAUACUUUACGACAAACAAGGGAAGGAGACGUUUUGAGGAGAGAUGCGUCAAGACUAACAGAGGAUCUGCUGUUCCCACACCACUGGUGCCUGCUAUCCUCUAUCCUCAGUGGAACCUGGACACCAGAGGAAGGGACACUACAACGACAACUACCCCUUAUCUUUCAUACAGUCGGCCAACCUUUGUUACAAGUAGCACAGUGCACUAUAUUUGUGAUGUGGGGUCAAGUUUAUUCGGGGUGGUAUAUUUUAUAGCAAAAUACAUAAUCUAAAGAGACUUCAUGUCAGCCUCUCACCAUUUUACUUUUCCCGAAAAGUUCACUCAUUUCAUUCAUGUGUCGUUGCUGCAGCUUAUAAGCUUUUUUGUAUGUAUCAAUAUUUACAAAACCGUUUUUUAAGUUGAUGCCAAUAUUCACUUUUUAUUUAUGUAUCUGUGUAAGAUAGUUUUAAUUUUUCUGGAAGCUGAGGGAUUUGUUUAUAAUAUUGCCUGUAGGAAAAGAGUGUAACACUAUUUGUGUCCCCUCCAUAACACUAUGUACUGAAGGAUUCAUUAAUGCCACAUAGCUGCCAGACACUGUACAGCUACGGAACAACACUCAUCACAGUUUGCCCUGUUCAGAUUUGCCUUUCCAGAGUAUGGCAGUGUUUUAUCUGCACAAGUUUAGAGUGUGUGGUAGUUCUUAAAUACCCCUUUCUUUCCUACAGUCCCUUGCAGUUUCCUGAAGAGCUGCAGUGUGUGCAUAUUGUGAUUGCAGGCACUAUCAUAAUCCCCUGUGUUUAGAAGUUCCACUGCAGUCACGUUCAAAAGGAAAUACUGCAAAACGUAGUUAUUUGCAUGUAAUCUUCUGAACAAGGGAAGUUUAUUUAAUAUUUGUGAACAUGUUUUUUAACAUGUUACUUUCCAGAAACCGGAAUCCAAAACCCAAAAUAUGUGACAGAGAUUUAAAAUACACAAGUUCAAACUCCAGUUACAAAGUAGGGAACCUGACUUGUGUCAUGCUGCUGUUUUUCAAAGAGACAUGUUCUUUACCGUUCUCCACCAGUGUAGAUUCAAUGUACUUUCUAGCCCCCUUCUGGGUAAAGAUUCUCAUGUUAUAUUCAGAUGGAUACAUUAAUCAGUUAUUUGUGGAACAUAAGGCUUCUUUUACAAGCAUCUACAAACAAAGCUUUGCUGGGGGCAUAAGAUAUAUACUCUGAAUUCUGUGGUAUUGACUUUUCACUACAGCGCGCAAACACGUGAUGUACAUAUUUACCUAAUGCAUUCUUAUAAUGGAUCUAGCUAGUGGUUUGUGCCAUUGUACCAUGGGACUGCCUCCUGAGAGACUUUUCUAUCUAUACAUUCCAAGUGGAUGCCUUGACUCAAGCCUUCUGUUACAGACUUGGGGAGACAGUUUUUGCAGUGCUUGUAAAGUGGUCUCCAUUGUUGUGUUCUGUGAGAACGAGUUCAUGGCCAGGAUAAUUACAUGGAGGCAGCAGGCUACCUACUGUGUGGGAAGCCCUUUCUUAUGGGCUCCAUGUGAUGGCUGGAGAUUGAGCUCCCUGUUUGGCCACAGUUUGUAAAUAACUAAACGCCUUACAACAUUUCAACAUAUUUUGUAGGACAAAAGGAAACAGGUGAAUUUCCAGUACAAGACAAUCCAUGCAUUUUUUCACAUCAAAAAUACUCUAAGGCCUUUUGUGUAGGGACAUAUCCUCCAGUGUCUUUUAUGUACUGGCACAGUUCCUCGGCCUGUAAUCACUUCCUUACUCGCAAUCUUCAUUUCUGCGUAUGUAAACGCACAACUAUUUUAAAUAUGAAGGACACUAUAUUAUUUAAGACCCUCGUUGACUUUUACACUAACAAAAUGAAUAAAGCUGCUCCUCUUGUGUAAACUUUGACUACCUGAUACCUGAUAAAUAAAAACCUUGGACAGGGUAAAGAAACAUUGUUGAUCAUAUAUAUUUUACAUCGACUCCUUAGCUGUUUUAAAAGAGCUUAAAAUAAUUACAUAAAUAAUAAGGUGAAUGCAAGAAGGCUGGCAAGGAAGUGUUUGGCAACAUUUGCUUCUUUUUUUUGUCCGAAUUUCACCUAAUUUAUAUCUCGGCCCAUCAAGUGAACAUGCUGAUUAAACUUUCCAGUGGAAUAUUUAAUAACCUCACUUGGUGCCCUUUACAAUAAUAUUGGAUGUUUUAUUUUGGCCGGUGUUUGUAUGAGUGAAAAGAGCGCCAAGUGACACAUGCCACCCAUUUUUAUUAUUUCAGAUUUACUACUGUGCAUUCGAUUGCUACCCCUCGUCAUUACUCUCAGAAUUUGAUAUUUUAUUGUAAUGUGUUUGUUUCACCCUAGUUGCGCAGACGAUUUGAUCAGAAGGUUAAUGUGUGUUCAAUGUCUCAAAGUGGUUUUUAUUGUAUGCCUUGUAAAAGUGAUGGUGGGGUAAAUGCUGUAAAAUUAGUGUUUUGACAAGGUGGUCGUUGAACAAGUAGUCGUUGUAAUUGGUUUUGCACUGUUACAUUGAUAUGCACUAACAAAAGAGAAACAUACCUCAUUUUAUACAGAACAUAAAUUGUGCAAGAGUGCUAUUGUCCUUUGGGUACUUAAAAAAAAGAAUAAUGGCCAAAAGGAUUAUCUCAAUAUGGUAGCGGUUUCUUAAACCAGCUGGGUAAUAUUGAUUUGUAAAAAUAUGAAAGGGCUGUUACAUUUUUUUGGCUUGAAAUGAAAGUACAUUGCUUAAAAAAAAAUAGUACCACUUUAAAGGAACUUGCUGCAGUUUGAUAUAUUCAGGUUAGAGGUACACCUAUACCAGACAACAGGCUACCAGCACACAGCUCAUAGAUGACGAGGAACAUGUGAAUUACAACACAAGACAGAUGGGUUUCAUUGGAACGGUCCAACAGAGGCAGUUUUUUCUACAAAAUACAGAACAAAAUAAUCAUGUAGACAACCCAGGUACUCGACUCAAUCAGCAAAAAAUGGUGUAGGUGCACCCCUAAUUCAGGUAGAUAUUUAUCCAGGCCAGAGUCCAUCUUUGAACUACACAACUUACUCAAAUAUGCUCAAACUUUGACAAACAAAAAAAGGGGGAAAGGCUGAUUUCUAAAGCUUAAGUGUCAUCUAUGUAGCAAAAGGAGGGACAUGUUCAUUCUUGUUUGAGACAAAUGCAGUGCUGAACAAUCUAAAGGGAGCAUUUCUUUAAUGCAAUAUCAACUCCCUGAUUGUACUUUGUGGUGCAUUUAAGUGUGGACUUAAAUGCUAGAAAGAGUAACGUUUUAUUAAUAACUAUCCCAAAAAAUAUAAUUUCCACUGUUUGGCCCACUGUUUAUAUUUCACAUGAAACAUACAAGCAGAAGGAAGGUGUUUGUGAAUAUGGGAGGUUACUCAAUUGUGUUGAUUUCAAUGUUCAUCUAUUUACAUUAAUGACCAAAUAAUGUAUGUAGCCUUUCACAUCACAGUCACACAUAAUGUAUAUGGUGAUAUAUAUAACAAAAUGCCUUAUAGACGAGGGACAUUCAACCUGAUUAGAAAUACCAGGAUAAAUAAAAGACUAAGCUCAUAA